AUGUCACUGUGCUUCCGCCGCGAGUGUUUUGAGUCGUCUCAAAACACUUUUUUUAUCACCUACGGCAACUUCCUCGUGGCGCGGGAAGUGAAUAUCGACCAGGCGCCUUCCGCCGCGCCUGAGGGUCCGGUGGUGGCGGCGGCGGCAUCGGCGGCGCGCGAAUCCAUUGGGCUGCUGGGAAUCAAAUCUUUCUCCACCCCUCAUCCUCCCCCCGCUCUUCUCUUCCCCCCACCCUCCCCCCCACUUCCGUUUUUCGUAGAGGGCCCCGUGGUAGCGGCGGCAUCUGCGGCGCGCGAAUCCAUCGGGCUGCUGGGAAUCAAAUCUUUCUUCGAAGACGCCGCUGAUGCCGCCAGCGGCAAUGGCGCCUCUGAUCCCGCCAGCGCCGAUAACGGCGCCGCAGCUACAGCCGGGCCGUUUGUUGCGGCGGGGAACGACGCGAGCGUCGCGAAUGCGCUUGCGAACGGCGCGACGGACAGCAGCAGCGGAGCGUCGACCUCGUCGUUGCCCUCCUCCUCCUCCGCAGCUACCACCGGGCCGUUUGUGGCGGUGGGGAACGAUGCGAGCGUCGCGAAUGCUCUGGAGAACGGCGGAACUGACAGCAGCAGCGGAGCCUCGUCCUCCCCCUCCUCCUCCUCGUCGUCGUCGUCCCCAGAUUCAGUCCCUGUGUUCAAGGCCAAGGGGUGGAUGCUCCCUCACACCCAGCAGCGUGAGUUCUCCCCGCCAUCUCUUAUACCUAUCCAACCCUAUCACAACGUCCGUCCCUUCUUUCCCUCCCCUCUUCCUGUCUUCCUCCUCUCCUCCCCUCCUCGUUUCCUCCCUUGCUCCUCUCCUCCCUCGAUCCUCUCCUCCCUCGACCCCUCCUCCCACCAGCGUCACAUAUUUCCCCCAAGUCCAUCGCGUUCCACGGGGGGGCAGUCCUGUCAGACCCAAUCACCGUCUACCUCAUCUGGCACGGCACCUGGACGGACGAGCGCAAAGCUCCCGUCGUGUGCCGGUGAACGCGCGCUAAUACAUGUGUACCGUCUUCCCCUCUUCAUGCCCUUCCUUCCCCAUCACCAGCUUCGGAUGCUUCCUCCAACCCCAUCGCCUUCCACCGCGGCGCGGUCCUAUCCGACCCAAUCACCGUCUACCUCAUCUGGCACGGCACCUGGACUUAUGAGCGUCUUGCUUCCUUUCGUUCCCAUCUUCCCCACACGGUCCCCAUCUCUCCCCGUCCACUCGGCAGCUUCAGGUGUUGCCCAAAACCCCAUCGCGUUCCACGGGGGGGCAGUCCUAUCGGACCCAAUCACCGUCUACCUCAUCUGGCACGGCACCUGGACGGACGAGCGCAAGGCGCCCGUGCGCGCGUUCAUUCGGUCGCUGGCGGACGCGGGCGCGGGCGGGGCGGGGGAUGGCGCGGGGCGGAGCAGCGUGGCGGGGAGUGUGCGCGAGUGGUGGAACGUCAACCGGCUGUACCAUUCGGGGCGCGAGCACGUCGCUGGGAGCAUCGUUCUCGGGACCCCCGAGGUGGAGAUAGAGGCGGCGAGCAGUGGCGAGGGGCAGCCGCCCGCAUCCAAGAACGAGAUCAACGCCAUCAUCAACUACCAGCUCCGUUCGCGCACGCUCCCCCGCCACGAUUCAGCCAUCUACGCAGUCUUCACCUCUGAUGACGUCGACAUGGCCGGCUUCGGCUCGUCCUUUUGCGCCUUCCAUGACGUCAGCACGGUGCACUUCACCUGGACGGGCAUGCCGUCCAGGUUCAUCCCCCAGUGCACGCAUGCAGCCGCCCCAGGUAACACCUACCCCCACGGGGACAGGGCACUGGCUGGGCUGAUCUCCAACUUCGCCCAUGUGCUCGCCGCAGCUGCGGCGAAUCCGAACCUGUUGUCUUGGUUCGACAAGGAGGGUCGGGAGGCCAUGGGUCUGUGCGGUAACAACUUUGGCACGGUGUAUACCAGUAGAGAUCCGCUGCCGGUGGAGUACAAUGCGGUGGGGAGGGGUGGAGAGCGGUUCCUGCUGCCCACGAACCUCAACCCUGUGACUGGUAGCUGCAUUAACGGCCUGUCAGUCGCGCCGGGUCAAUGCGGGCCCAAGUUUUUCGGAUUCCCUUGUGACACAGUCACCGCGACCGAGGCUGACACCGAACCUGCUGCCGAAGCUGCCGCCGCAGGCUCGGACAGUCUGGGGAGUGGGGCAGGGUCGGGGUUGGGAGUGGUGGCAGCGAGUGUGUUUGGGGGAGAGGCGGAAAAAGCAGUGGUUGGUGGGGAGGGGGAUGCAAGGAAAGUCAAGGACCCUCGAGUGGCUGAAGCAGAGGCAGCAGGGCUCGAUCUAUCAGUUGGGGGGAAGAACGUGGGGAGAUUCUUAGAACCUGGACAGUUUGACCCGGCUAAGGGGGACAGAGACGAGGACGAUGGGAUCAAGGGGCAGGGUGCGGGAAGCACGGACGAUUCAGGUGCGGGUGCGGGUUCGAACGUGUUUGAGAGCAUGGGGUAUGCGGAUGGGGGUGAGAAGGAGAAGGAGGAGGAGAGGCAUGAGGGAGGUGAUGCGUAUGGUGGUACGAAGGGUGGUGAUCCGUUUGCUGUGGAAAGGGUAGGGGAAGAGGGGGUGGGGGCGGAUGAGGAGGUGGGGACAGGCGAGAAGGUGGGAGCAGGUGCUGGCUCAGGGUCACAGGAGAAUAGUGAGGCCAAGGGCCAUGGUCAUGGUGAUGGUAAUGGUGAUGGUGAUGGUGAUGGUGAUGGUGAUGAUGUGUUUCAGAGCACAGGGUACCCGGAUGGCUCAGUGGACGAGGAGGAGAGCAAGCAUAAGACAGGUGCUGGUGCAGGAGUUGAGGAGAAGAGUGAGGGCAGGGGAGACGGCGACAGUGAUGGUGAUGAUGUGUUUCAGAGCACCUGGUACCCGGAUGGCUCAGCGGACGAGGAGGUGGGGGCAGGGGAGGAAGUGGGGGCAGGCGCUGGUGCAGGAGCAGAGGAGAAGGGUGAGGGUAAGGGAGAUGGUGACAAUGAUGAAGACGAUGUGUUUCAGAGCACAGGGUACCCGGAUGGCCCAGGGGACGAGGACGAGAGCAAGCAUAAGGCAGGUGGUGGGGGAGGCGGGAGUGUGGGGGCGGAGGGGAAGGCUCAACCGGGGGAGGUGAACCCGUUUGUGCAUCACUCCAACCCGGAUGAUGCUAAUUCUGCUGCUGCUGCUGCUGCUUUGGCUGGGGGAGGUACUGCUGGUGGUGAUGAUGGUGGCAACGGGGAGGGUAGUACUAGUGAGGGUAGCACGGGGGAUGAUAGUGGCAGUGGCGUGGGUGCUGAUGAUGAGGAAACCAGUGAGAGUGGUGAUGGGGACGUAUUUGAGAGGCUUGGGUAUUCUGAAGCGGGUAGGGACGUGGAGGGUGGGGAGGGAGGGGAGCAGGGUGAGGGGAGUGGGAAGGAGGAUGGCAGUGGAGACGCCUCUAAUGUGUUUGAAAACACAGGGUACCCCGAUAGCGACCAUGCCAGUGCUGCCAGUGCUGCUAGCAACGAUGCACACCCAUCAGCCCUGUUCCCAGGCGGCGACAGUGCACCGACUAAUGUGUUCGAUGACUUGGGGGACGGGGGCAGUGAGGAGGUGGGAGCGGACGGAGCGGGGGAGGGUAGCAGCAGCAAGGCGUCAGGGGGGUUGGUGUCGGGUGGGUUCCAGGCAGGGUUAUCAGCGGGGUUUGAGUUUGAUCUGUCGCAGUUCAAGCUGGGCGAGAGGGAAAGCCCUUCUGCUCCCCACUUGUUCCCCGACGCCGCCACUGCUGCGGCAGGGGGGGCGCAGGGGGAGGUGCAGCAGCCGCAGCAGCCGCCGCAGCAGCCGCAACAGCAGCAGGAGGGGGAGAAGUGGGUGUUUUCAGGAAGAUUUUUUAUAAUUUCUCAAAAACUACUCAUAGGCGCUCUCUCUGUUGGGCGCCUCUCUGUUGGGCGCCUCUCUGCUGGGCGCCUCUCUGUUGGGCGCCUCUCUGCUGGGCGCCUCGCCUCUAAAAGGCGCCUCUCCUCUAAGAGGCGUCCCUCCUCUAAGAGGCGUCCCUCCUCUAAGAGGCGUCCCUCCUCUAAGAGGCGUCCCUCCUCUACGAGGCGCCUCUCCUCUAAGUGGUGCCCCUCCUCUAAGAGGCGUCCCUCCUCUAAGAGGCGUCCCUCCUCUAAGAGGCGUCCCUCCUCCAAGAGGCGUCCCUCCUCUAAGAGGCGCCUCUCCUCUAAGUGGUGCCCCUCCUCUAAGAGGCGCCCCUCCUCUUUGAGUGGGUAA